AUGGAAGGAGGCGGAGGAGGCGGAGGAGGCGGAGGCGGCGCCGGCGUCGGAGGGUGCCUGGGUCUGGGCCACGGCGGGGAGGCGCAGAUCAAGGGCACGCACACGCACGGCGGCCGCUACGUGCAGUACAACGUGUACGGCAACCUCCUCGAGGUCUCCGCCAAGUACGUCCCGCCCAUCCGCCCCGUCGGCCGCGGCGCCUGCGGCAUCAUCUGUGCUGCUGUCAAUGCGCAGACUCGCGAGGAGGUGGCCAUCAAGAAGAUCGGCAACGCGUUCGACAAUCAGAUCGACGCAAAGCGCACUCUCCGAGAGAUUAAGUUGCUUAGGCACAUGAAGCAUGAAAAUGUUAUUUCAAUAAAGGACAUCAUACGCCCACCUAGGAGGGAGAACUUCAACGAUGUUUAUAUUGUUUACGAGUUGAUGGACACUGAUCUUCACCGCCUUCUACGAUCAAACCAGCCACUAACUGAUGAUCAUUGUCAGAAUCUUGCAUCCUGUGUGUGUAUAGCGCCUGAGCUCCUGCUCAACUGCUCAGAAUAUACUCAGGCUAUUGAUAUGUGGUCGGUAGGCUGCAUCUUCGGUGAAAUGGUUACAAGAGAGCCUUUGUUUCCUGGAAAGGAUUAUGUUCAUCAGCUUUUGCUAAUAACUGAGAUACGUGAGGUCCUUCCUCAACACCCCAAGCAACAAUUCCGUGUACGGUUCCCUACUAUGUCUAGUGGUGCCAUGGAUUUGCUUGAGAGGAUGCUCGUGUUUGAUCCGAGCAAGAGGAUUACUGUUGAUGAGGCUCUAUGCCACCCAUACUUGGCGUCCCUUCAUGAGAUAAACGACGAACCUGUGUGCCCAGUGCCUUUCAGCUUCGACUUCGAGCAGCCAUCGCUCACCGAAGAAGAUAUCAAGGAGCUCAUCUGGAGGGAGUCUCUCAAGUUCAACCCUGACCCAAUCCACUAA